AAAAAGUUUGGUUUUGUAUAUGGGCAUUUAAGGUAGUUUUUAUACAUAAUUUUCUACAGUUAUUGCUAUUUUUCAAAUGGAAUAUCACAACAUUCACAGCACUUCGAAAAGUGGCGAGAGAGUAACAAGUACAUACGCUGAAAUUUAUUUCAAUGAUUCCUACUGUGAACCUAAAACUUCUGAAGUUGUAAAACAUCCAAUAAUACCCGAUGAAGAUGAAGACUAUAAAGAAGAAUGGACUUCUCCAAGUGAUUUACUUAUAGGACUUUUAGAACUAAAGCCACCAUUUACUUCAAAAAUUACAAGAGGUAAAACACACGAAGGCAUACUAGCGAUUGGAAACGCUGUCUUAGACAAAGAACGAGCCAAGUUUCUGAGUUCAUUGACAACGUUAUUGGAAGAUAACGAUGCUGCCUGGGUUAAUAUAUUAAUCAAUGAAAAACAAAAAGUUGAUAAAAAAGUUAAAGCUGUAUUUCUAGAUAUAUUCAAUUACAAAAGUGAGAUUAUGAAAAGAGAAGUGUCAAAUUUCUACGAGUAUUCUUUACAAGAAUUAGAAGAACAUUUAAGAUCUGAAAUUCAGACUGUUUUAAAAAGUGUUCGUGCAAACAUUGUUUCUUAUUUAAACAACGAAAUACGACAGAAAUUGCGGAAAGAAAGAAAGAUCUUAGUAGAUGUACUUGCUAAAAAGUAUGUAUCUGAAGUACAAAACAUGAAAAAGUAUUACAAGAUUUUGUUAGAUAACGAACUUUGCAGAAAUAAUGCACUCAUACAUAAAGCAGUAUUUGAAAGAAAUGCUGCUGUAAAAGCGUUUUACAAGCAAAUUGAAUCUGAGAGACUUACAAGCACCAUGUAUGUUAUGAGUUUGGAAAGGAAAAAAUGUCAAAUUAAAAAAAUGCUUUUAGAACAUUUGCACACUGCUGAAAUAUCAGAAAAACUACAGAAAAUAAAAGAUAAAGAAGAUGAAAUUAAUGCUUUAAAUAAAAAAGAUGUCCGGAUUGCAGAUAUUAAUAAGCAAUGGCAAGAAAAAAUAAAUAAAAUCCUUCGUAUAUUUCUGAAAUUCAUAAGUUUCUCGCUUAAGAUUUUACCGGAACAAACAACAUUUUUGCUAGAUUUAGAAAAAAUGGUCGUUCUACAGCUAAACGAAAUUCAGAAAAAUCCUAAUAUUAUAUCUACAGUUUUAUUUGAAGAAAAAGAGCAAUUAAAUGUUUUUGAAUUUCCAGCUUCAGAACAAGUUACACUUGUAUGUGACAAAGAACCAUUUGUACUAGUUGGUGAUGUUUCAGAAUCUAUGGGACCACAUUAUGGAAGUCGAGAGACUUUACCGUGUGAUGUAGACCUACCAUAUUUCAGAUUAGAUAGAAAAUAUUUUUAUGCCAAGUGUCAUGGAUACGAAAGUAUAAAAAAGUUUUUGGACUCACAAUUGUGCAAAUGUAAUCUUACUAUUGAAUCAGAUGCUCUCAAAUCACUAUCAAAUUUGGGACCAAAAAUGAUUGACCCUACAUUUGAAUUUGAACCGAGGUCAAAAGAAAACGAAGUUAUUCGGUCCGAGUCAUCAAAUGAAUCAUUAUUGAUUGAAGAUAUUUCAAGACUUAAAGAAUGCCCUGAUAGAAAAUGUUGUGAUUGGAUAAAAAGAAAUACUUUUCCUUAUUUAGCAUCUUAUCUCGAUUAUAAUGAAGAAAAUUUUAAAAGGGUUAUUGCUAUACUUGGUCAAGUUCCCGAAAAGGAAGUCCCUGCACCAGAAGUAAUAUAUGUGAACGAUAUUGCAAAAAGUGAACUGCCAUUUGCUGCAACGAAAGAAUUACAUCAUACUGUGGAAACACAAUAUUCGAGUCAAGAGGAUCUAACUUUAGCUGAAAUUAAAUGUUCUUGUAUUAGCAAUACACUUAUAAAACAUACAAAAUCACAUUAUAUGCUUAAAACAACUUCAAGCGAAGCUUUGCAUGAGAUAUUGCAAAGGCGUAAAACUUCUUUGCAACGAUUAAUCGAUAAAAAUCCUAACUUGCUUAAAAUAUUUACAGAUGAAUCUUUUGAUUGUAAAUUGUAAUAGAUGAACAUUAUAUAAUACAACCAGGC